AUAAACUCAAACUAAAGUAUUAAACAUAAAAUAAUAUACAUGUCCAUGUAAGGGUGGUCUUGAGAUAAAACUCAAAAAACAUCAAGUUUUAUACGUUAAAAUUUAUACAAAAGUUUAAAGGUAUCAAAUUUGGUGAUGUAAAGGACUGUGCAUAUGUCCAUGAAUCAUGCUCACAGAGAAACAGUCGUUGCUGAGUAAUAAUGGAUUGGGUUCUCAACUUAAGGAUGAUAAAAAAGUGUAGCUUCUUGCCCCUUCUUCAAUUUUAGAAUUCAUUUUUAUUUCGAUGUAAUUUAUAAUUUUGAUAUAUAGGUCGCUUCUCAUGCCUUUGCUGAUGGAUAAGAAUUUUUUUUUUUUUAAACUGGAUAUUUUUAUAGCGUUUGUUUGACUUUGUUUAAAAAACUGCAAUCUGGGGGAUAUACCAACGUAGAUCCUUUUACGACGAAUAUGAUGAUAAAACUAUAUAAGAAAUUUAGAAAAGUCUGUAUUAUUGGUUCAACGUAUGAAGAAAAUUAAUUAAUUAGGGAGCUGACUAUAACAGUAUAUACAUGCGGUUUGUGGCGGCAACAACGUGCUUGCUUGUGUCAAUGCUUUCGUCUAAAAUUUUUUUCACAACAUUACCAAACUUGGGGUUCUUCUCCUCCUUCCUCAUUGUUCUCUGAUCGAAAAUAUAUAUUGGGUAAGUUCUGCUUUGUUCCGUACUAUGCAAGUUAGGUAUUGAUACACAGUACAUUUUAGACGGUGUUUUUUCAAAACUUUCAGGUAAAGCAAUGGAUGAGAAAAAAGCAGCAAGAGCGCUAAGCGUUCACCUAGCUCUACCUCCUCCUCCACCUCCUACUGUAGCUGUAGCCAUUAAUGGAAAGAAAAAGAGCAAAUACGUAGCCUUUUGGGCUCUUGAGAAGUUCAUCCCCGAAGGCUUCUCUGAUUUCACAUUGCUCUACGUCCGUCCUCCUGUCACUUACAUCCCUACCCCAAUGGGGAAUGCGAUAUCGGUAACAGAGCUUAGAGAUGAUCUCGUAUCUGCUUAUAAACAAGAACUAGAUUGGAACACAAAAGAGAUACUUCAACCUUACAAGAAGAUGUUCGACAGGAGAAAGGUGCAAGUAGAGAUUCUCGUGCUUGAAUCAAACGAUCCUGCUGCUGCUAUAGCGCAAGAGAUUGCUGGAACAGGAGUCACAAAGCUCGUUAUAGGAAUGUCUCUACGAGGAUUCUUCUCAAGAAAGAUCGAUAUGUCUUCCAUGAUCGCGACCGCUGUGCCAAGAUUCUGCACCGUCUACGUGGUUUCAAAGGGGAAGCUAGCUUCCGUGCGUCCUUCUGAUUCAGACGCUAGCGGAAGCAUAAGACUGGAGACAAGUAGUUCCACGAGUGGCUCCACUGAUAGUCCUAGACUCCCUUCUGAGUACCAAGACUUCAACUCGUUUGUUUCGGAAGCUCAGUCUCGAGUCUCGGAGAUGAGAAGCAGCGGUGUGGCUCACAUGGACACGAGUUGUAGCGAGACGGGUCAAUCAGAUGUGUCUAGAGAGAGAGGGAUGCAGAUUGUACUGAGCGGCGGCGGUGGUAAUGAAGGGAGGAAGAGUAACUAUAACAAUAACAAUGAGAGCUUUAGCGCAUCGUUUCCAAUGGGAGAGGAGGCGUAUCACGCUAUGAGCUGGACUUCUAGAUGGAGAGAUCAUGAGGAAAGGAGAUCGAUCAUGAGCUCUUCUUCUAGCAACAACCACGAGCUAGCUAAUAUGGAGUGGGGUGCAGUUGUUCCUGAGAACUAUUCUUGGGUUUCUCAUCAAGCUUCUAACAUGUCUGAUGGACGCAUCAGUUUCCACUCCUUCAACGAUAAUCAGGUGAAUCUGACCUUUGAGAUAGAGAAGCUGAGAUCCGAACUGCAACAUCUUCAGGAGAUGUAUGCCAUGGCUCAAAACGAGAAUGUGGAUGCCUCGAAAAAGCUAACUGAGCUAAACCAGAGAAGAUUCGAGGAGUCAGAGAAGCUUGUGGAUCUUAAAGAAAAGGAAGAAGCAGCUAAAGACACAGCUUCAAAGGAGAGGCAGAGGUACGAAGAGGUGAUGAAGGAGGCAGAGAAGGUUAAAGAGCUAAUGGUGAAAGAGGCUUUACAUAGAAGAGAAGCUGAGAUCAAAGCAGAACGUGAAGCUAAAGAGAAAGAUAAGCUCCAAGCUUCUCUCGUAUGUCCCGGGAUACAGUACCAGCAUUACUCGUGGGAGGAAAUCACAGCCGCGACUAAUGAUUUUUCAGAAGAUCUCAAGAUCGGAGUUGGAGCCUAUGGAACCGUCUACAAAUGCAAUCUCCAUCACACGACCGGUGCUGUAAAGGUCCUUCACGCUGGAGAAACUCAGCUAUCUAAACAGUUCGAUCAAGAGCUUGAGAUCUUGAGCAAGAUCCGUCAUCCUCACCUCGUCCUUCUCCUCGGGGCGUGUCCUGAGCGAGGCUGCCUCGUCUACGAGUACAUGGACAACGGAAGCUUAGAUGACAGGUUGAUGCUAGUCAACGACACACCUCCCAUCCCUUGGUUCGAGCGUUUCAGGAUCGCGUUAGAGGUCGCUUCAGCGCUUGUCUUCCUCCACAAAUCCAAGCCUAGACCAAUCAUUCACCGCGACCUCAAACCAGGAAACAUCUUGCUCGACCAAAACUUCGUCAGUAAACUCGGCGACGUUGGUCUCUCCACGAUGGUUAACCAAGACGACGCUGCUUCUAAACUAACCGUCUUCAAGAAAACCAGUCCCGUGGGAACGCUUUGUUACAUCGACCCGGAGUAUCAGCGGACCGGGAUCAUCUCACCUAAGUCAGAUGUGUAUUCUCUAGGUGUUGUGAUUCUCCAGCUCAUAACCGCGAAGCCAGCCAUAGCGAUUACUCAUAUGGUGGAAGAAGCGAUAGGGGACGAUGCUGAGUUCAUGGCACUGUUGGAUGUGAAAGCUGGAUCUUGGCCUAUUAGUGAGACUCGUGAGUUAGCUGCUUUGGGAUUGUGUUGUACUGAAAUGAGACGCAGAGACAGACCAGACCUUAAAGAUCAGAUCAUACCGACAUUAGAAAGGCUUUGGAAAGUUGUUGAGAAAGCUCAAAACUCACUCUCGAGAACUUCGUUGGAUCCUCCAUCUCAUUUCAUUUGCCCACUUCUCAAGGGAGUGAUGAACCAGCCCUGCGUGGCUGCAGAUGGGUUCACGUAUGAUCGUGAAGCCAUAGAGGACUGGCUGAGAGAGAAUGAUACGUCGCCAGUGACGAAUCUUCCAUUGCCUAACAAGAACCUUCUUGCUAAUUACACUCUUUACUCAGCCAUCAUGGAGUGGAAAGCCAAUAAAUAAUAUUGAGAGAGGGAGAGAGAUUCGACAAUAAGUAAUAUGGAUUCUAUCUAUGUGUUUACUAUUUAUCUCUUUCGUGUGGGUUCUCUCUUUGUUCUUCCCUUUGUCUCUGUACCAACGAUUUUAUGUUUUGUGUGAUGAGAUGCAAGAUUAAAACAAUAGAGAGAUAAAUGUCUUUUUAUUAAAUUUUAUCGUGUUUCUUUUCUACUCGUUUGAUAAAAGUCUUACUCUCGUUUCAGUCCAAAUAGACUGCUAUGUGGAUAGUGGACCAUCCCCAGGAAAUAACCCGCACCUACAUUAUCAUGUCAAACACGAGAUAUCCAUUAGGUAAGGCCAGCAAAUGCACAUGACUAUUGAUAAAGUUAAAACUGUAUUUAUCAAACGCAUAAUUUGAAGUUUUGCAAAAAGAAAAAUAUAAUUGGAGUUUUGCUCUCCAUAACAUCCUUAUCUCAGACCACCAAGCACCUGCUAUUUUGUCCAACAUUGAAUAUCAUCCACUAUUCAAGCCAUUUAAUGCAGAUAAUAAAUGCUAUAAACCUACAUCUGUACAUAUCAUAUUUUUAGACUUGAUUAUAAUACAUCCACAAAGUAAUCCAAUGAAAUAAUGUCAUUUAAUAUAUAUAUAUAUAUAUAUAUAUAUAUAUAUAUAUAUAUAUAUAUAUGUUUCAUAAUACAUAAACUAGGUAAUAAUCCGCGCCUUACACAGAAUGUGAGAGGACAUUAAUUUGUUUAAUCUGGAUAUCGGUUCAGUUUUAGGUUGUUUUUUGUUUUUAAUCUCCUAAAAUAUAACUGUCAUUUUAAAUUAAUAUUUAUUUAGUUUGUUCGGUUAUAAUAUUUGAUGUUUUUUUUUCCUGUGAUAAUAAAAAAAUACUAUUAUUUGUUUGUUUUCAUGUUAUGAAUCUUAGAUAGUCGUGAUGUCGAACCAAUGGUUUCAUAUUAUAGUUUCUAAACGAAUAAUAGUUAAAAAAAAAAAAAAUUUAUUAAGACAAUUCAUUUUACUACAAUUUAGUCGAUAGUAAAAGAAACAUUAAGAAAAAUAAUAUUUUAACAUCCAAAAAAUUAGAUAUUUUAGUUGUGAUAAAUACUUAGUUAUAAGGUGCUCACGUCAAUGUGUACAUGUAUGUGUAUAUAAAAGUAUAUAAAGAUGGUUGAUAAAUAUAUAAAGAUACUGUUAAUUAAUAUUAAAUGACAUAUUUUUCAAAAUAAUACAU